AUGCCAACUGCUUGGCCUUCAUCGUCUUCGAGACCAAAUUUCAACACACACUCACCCCGUCGGCCUCAGCCACAUUACAGCCUCCCGCCUCUGCCUCCGCCUCCACCUCCGCCGUCGGCGACCACUCGCCGACCGCCGACCUCUGCCUCUGUUUUCGACAAUCCGUUCCUCCCCCGCCGGACUGGGCAUCGGAACCACCGACUCCGCGCCCGUCUCCGCCGUCGCAGACCACCAGCUGACCGUGGGCCUCCGCCAUGCACAGCCACAGCCACCGCCUCCGCCUCCGCCUCAGUUUUCGCCAUCGCCAACCACUUCUCUCCCGCCGGACUACCAUCUCGGGAUGAACGACCGUCCAUUUCUGUGCCGCCAUUCUCAGCAAGGUCGCCGUUCUCCGCAAGGACGCCGUUCUCAGCCUCCCGCCGACCUCAGCCAGGCUACCGUUCACGCCGUCCGAACAUUACUAUCUCGUCGGAGACACACACAACAAAGACAUAG